GCAGUAUAAUAGUAAAUGAAGGAUGGGAAAAGAGGGAGCAGGAAAAUAAAGAUACAAGAGGCAAAUGGUGUCUGAGGAAAGAUUUCAAGCAAACAAGUUGACAAGAAUGGAAGCAAAGAAAGUAGGAUUUUUUUUUUUAAGUAAGGGAAGAAUGGGAGAAAGCAAUGAAUGAAAAAGGAGAUACAAAAGGAGGAUGGAAAAGAAUAUGAACAAGAGCAAAAAAUUAAGAAAGAAUGAUUUAAAAUUAGUAAAAUAAGAAUUGAGGGGAGGAGAAAAGGAAGAAAAGUUAAUAACGAUUUAAAACCAGUAAGGAAGGAAUGAAGGAGAAAGAAAAAGGAGCAAAAAGCAAGAUAUAAUGACUUAAAAUUAGGGAAGAAGAGAGGGAAGGAAGGAAAGAUGGAAAAAGUAAAUGUAGUAUGAAAGUAGCUGGAUGUAACAGAAGGAUGGAGGGAAUGACAGAAGAAAGGAAUGAAAAAAGAACUAGAAACAAGAACGAUUUAAAACCAAUAAAAGGAAGAAAGAAAAACAGGCAAAAAGGCAAAUAAUGAUCAAAUAAAAUCAAUAACAUUUUAUUGAUUUUACUUCACAUCAAGAAAGAAAAGACAAACUUCAAGCAAAAAAGUGAGAAAAUAGAGGGAAAAUGAGAUUAGUGUGAAAGCAAGGAAGAAUGAUUUCAAAACACUAAAGUUGAACAAGCAAGAAGAAGAAGAAAAAAGAAAGGCCAUUAUUAACUGGGAGUUAAAAAGCUGAAGCUGUAUAGAACCACUUUGCUCCCUGCCUGAGCCGCCAGCUGGGGUAUUUGCAUAAGCAGUAAAAGAGAGGGAUGGACAGAGGGAGAGAGAGCGAGGGAGUGAGAGAGGGAGGGGGGAAUCAUAUCAGACACUCCCACAACCUAUAAAGCACAACCAUACUGAAACACUCAGUGAAACCACACGUGGGUCUCUACGCAAGGGGGAGAGCCAGCGCUGCACAGGGACAGAGAGCCGGAGGAGGAGUGUGCAUGUGUGUUUGAGGAAGCAAGACGUGGAUUUCAGCUCAUAUGUGAUGUGAGUGAGGACAAACAACAAACUCAACCCUUCAGGAUCAAUUCUCCAACUCUCGACUUCAAGGAAAAACUCAUUUCAAAUGAUUCCUAGUAGCAGGGCAAUGUAAUACCAGAGUGCAACUGUACUAGAGGACUAUCCGGAGAGCAAACAAGUGGAGGACUUGGCUUCGGAACCAGAGAUCCAUGCAUUACGAACUCUAGAGUCUUGCAAGCAACAUUAGAAAUCUGUGUGGAGAGGUUCGGAGGUUUCAGUGAUGUCUUUCGCGAUGGUGCGUCCGGCUCCCAGCCGAUACCUCUACUCCGAGAUCUCGAUGAUGUCAGAAGAUGACGAAAAUGGCAGCGAGAGCUCGGGCUCGGAUGACCGCUCGUUUCGUUUGGACGCCUCAGGAUACGAACUUAAAGUUGGAAGAAAGCGGAAACCUGGUGUAGGUGGAGGACGGCUGAUAAGUACAUCACCUAACUCCACCGGGACAAUGGCUCCAGUGGCAGAGGGCCGUCCACGCAAUGCAGCCAACGCACGGGAGCGGGAUCGCACCAACAGUGUCAACACGGCCUUCACCGCGUUAAGGACUCUCAUCCCAACAGAGCCUGCUGACCGGAAGCUGUCCAAGAUCGAGACCUUGCGGUUGGCGUCCAGUUACAUCUCCCACCUUGGAAACGUGCUCCUUGUGGGUGAAGCUUGUGGGGAUGGACAGCCGUGCCACAGCGGAGGGCCUUCAACCUCAAACUACUACCACCACCAUGGCUCGCCUAGUCGGGACUCGGAGAACUCCCAGCCCAAACAGAUCUGCACAUUUUGCCUCAGCAAUCAGAGGAAAAUGAGUAAAGACAGAGAGAGAAAAUCAGCCUUGAGGAGUUAAGCCACGACGUGAAUGGAUUUACAAAAUAUCAUCACCAAUGUACAAAAGCUGAUGACUGCAAAAUGCAAUGUUGUGGUGUAUAUAUGCAAAUAUCAAUUCAUAUUUAAUUAUUUGUAAAUUGCCAUUGGACUGGAGCAUUUUGUUGGAGGAAAAAAAAACACAUAUGACUGGAAAAGACCAGACUGCAGCGACUUGAUUACUCAAGAGCUGAACAUCCCGCCACAGACUACACCAAGCUAAACCAAAUGCUUAUCAUCGACCACAGGGAGUUUAGGUAAUGCUAUUCUCACCAAAGAAUCUCAAUAAGAGGACUGCGUUCACAAGGCUGCAAAUGAUCACAUAACUUCUCCAGUAGACACAGCGUACGGAGCCCAGCUUUACAAAUCAAAACAAUGAUGGAACAUCUUCCUAUUUUCAAAAUCAAUGAGGACCAUGGGACAGUGCUGACUGAAGACAUGAAUAGAUGCAAACUGACAUGUGGCAUGUUCUUUCUUACAAAAACACAAAAGACACUUAGCCUGACUAUGAAAAUGCAACAAAUUCAAUAAAUGCAGUAUACUGUAUGUGUAUAAAAUGGCAAAUUACUUAUAUUCUUCAUUGUUUUAAAUUAAAAAAAAAAAUACUGAAC